CUUGCUAUCUGUGUGGACCAACUUUAAAUUUAUGGAGUGCACCUGUCUCAUCCACAAACUCAAAAGAGACAGAGUUCUUCAGAUUUUGUACCUCAGUUUGUUGAUUUUCCAACACUGUAUUUGAACUCAAAUGAUUGCAGCAACUGAACAUAUAUAUAAAUUCAAGAAGAAUAAGCAACAGAAUGGAAGGAUUUACCUUGCUUCUGUUCUUCCUUGCCUUGCUGAGUAAUGUAGCAGCUGCCACUGUGAGAGAAGCUAUUAAUACAGUGCAACCUAUCAGUGAUGGCCAGAUCUUAGUUUCAGCUGGAGAAACCUUUGCACUUGGAUUCUUCAGUCCAGGCAAUUCCAAGAACCGUUAUGUUGGCAUUUGGUAUAAUAAGAUCCCUACACAGACAGUAGUAUGGGUUGCCAACAGAAACAACCCUCUCAAUGAUUCAUCAGGGGUUUUGAAGCUCAAUGAAACUGGAGUUCUAGUCCUUCUCAACCAAAACAAGAGUGUCAUCUGGUCUUCCAACACAACAAGGUCAGCACAGUAUCCAGUUGCAAAGCUUUUGGAUUCUGGAAAUCUCAUUGUGCAGGAUGGUAAAGAUUUACUGUGGCAAAGUUUUGAUUAUCCAGUGGACACAAUCUUGCCAGGACAGAAGUUUGGAAGAAAUUUAAUCACGGGCUUGAACCGUUACAUGUCAUCAUGGAAUAGCUCUGAUGAUCCAUCUCAAGGUAAAUAUAGAUAUCAAAUUGAUAUUAGUGGAUAUCCACAAAUUGUUUUAAGAGAAGGCAGUGUCAAAAGGUACCGUUUUGGAUCAUGGAAUGGUGUUCAGUUUAGUGGGGUACCUCAAUUGAAACAAAAUGAUGUUACUAGAUUUAGUUUUAUUUCUGAUGGGGAAGAGUUGUAUUUCAGAUUUGAGCAUAGCAUGAGGUCAGUUAUUCAUAGAAUGGUGUUAACAACAGAUGGAUAUAUCAAGGGUAGUUAUUGGAAUAAUGAAGAAAAUAAAUGGAGCUUGCAUGCACAACUUCCUGUGGAUGACUGUGAUAACUAUGACAAAUGUGGAGCCAAUGCUAUCUGUAAUAUAACCAACAUCCCUCCAUGUAGUUGCUUGGAUGGAUUUGUUCCCAGAACUAAAGAUAUUUAUAGUAGUUGUGUGAGGAGAACUUCACUGAGUUGUCAUGGAGAUGGGUUUGUGAAAUUUUCAGGGUUGAAAUUACCAGACACAGAGAGAUCCUGGUUUAAUAGAAACAUUAGCCUUGAGGAUUGCAGGAUAUUGUGCACGAAGAAUUGCUCAUGUACAGCGUAUGCAGCCUUGGAUGUGAGUAAAGGGCCAAGUGGGUGUUUACUUUGGUUCAAUGAUCUGUUUGACAUGAGAGAAUUGACUGAAGUUGAUGAAGAUAUAUACAUAAGGAUGGCUAGGACAGAAAUAGAAGCUAUUGAAAGAAAGCAGCCACACAAAUCAAACAUCCUGAAACAAGAAAUUGUUUUCAUAAGUUGUGUAUUGUUUAUUGGAAUUUUAAUCCUAUUCUUAACCUUCAGGAUUUAUAGAAGGUGGAAGACACAGCAGAAAGGCAGAAAGAUGAAAUUGAAAGGUGAUCAAGAAAAAGAUGAAAAUGUAAUAAAUGAGGACGAAAAGGAAGAUCUAGAGUUACCCAUGUUUGAGUUGUCUACAAUUAUAUCUGCAACCAAUAACUUUUCAGCUGACAACAAACUAGGGGAAGGUGGUUUUGGAUCAGUUUAUAAGGGCAUCCUGGACGAUGGAGGAGAAAUAGCUGUCAAGAGGCUCUCAAAGAAUUCAAGACAGGGUCUUCAAGAGUUCAGAAAUGAAGUUAUGCAUAUUGCAAAACUUCAGCACAGGAAUUUAGUGAGGCUACUAGGGUACUGCAUUCAAGCAGGAGAAGGAUUGCUUGUUUAUGAAUUUAUGCCCAACAAAAGCUUGGAUUCCUUCAUAUUUGAUGAAAAGAAGAGCAUGUUACUAGAUUUGCCGAGGCGCUUGCUCAUUAUCAAUGGAAUUGCUCGUGGUCUUCUUUAUCUUCAUCAAGAUUCAAGGCAUAGAAUAGUUCAUAGAGAUCUCAAAGCCGGGAAUGUUUUGUUAGACAGUGAAAUGAACCCGAAAAUCUCAGACUUCGGACUAGCUAGAAGCUUUGGAGGAAAUGAAAUUGAAGCAACCACAAAGCAUGUAGUUGGAACCUAUGGCUAUCUGCCGCCAGAGUAUAUAAUCGAUGGAGCUUAUUCAACAAAGUCAGAUGUUUUCAGCUUUGGUGUGUUGAUAUUGGAGAUAAUGAGUGGGAAGAGAAAUAAGGGAUUCUGUCAUCAAGAUAAUCUUCUGGCACAUGCAUGGAAACUAUUUACUGAAGGAAAUUGCUAUGGAAUAGUUGAUUCAACAAUAAGAGACUCACUCAAUUUAACUGCAGCUCUAAGAUCAAUUCAUGUGGCACUACUUUGUGUGCAACUAAGCCCUGAUGACAGGCCAAACAUGUCAUCUGUGGUUCUGAUGCUGAGCAGUGAAUCUGCACUGCCACAGCCAAACUUGCCUGGAUUCUUUACAAGUACAAAUCUGGUUGGUGACAGUUCUUCAUCAAACAGUUAUAAACAAUACACAAACAAUGACAUGUCAGUUAGCAUAAUGUCUGCUAGAUAGGUUGGAUUUAGGGAUGGCAAAAAUACCCGCACCCGCGAGUAUUUGCAGGUAAAAUCCGUUACGGAUAAUAAAUGGCCAGGCUAAUUGGGUACCCGUGGAUAAUGGAGACGGGUAAUUUUUUACCCGUUUUUAAAUCGGGCGGGGGCGGGUAUGAUGAUAUUCAUACCCGCGGGUACCCGUUUAAUAAUAUUUCUUAAAUAUCUUAAUUAUUCUUGUAUUAUAUAACCCUAAAAGUACACUCUCUCGUCUUAUUUUCUUACAAAAGUGAUGUUGAUGAAAUUACCAACAUGUGUUAAGCAUGGUAUAAAAUUAUGUUGGAUAUAAUUUGAUUAAUUUUCUAGUUUUGA